UUUGCAAUAGGGACAUGAAAAGCCUCGAUUCAGCCGAUUUAUUCAUGGUUGGAAUUCAUGGUUCUAUGCCCGUUAUCGCCGCGGUCUUAAUCUUUAACUCCGGGCAAUGACCCUCAUUCAUAAUGAAUCAGCAGAGAAGGUGAUCGAUGUAUAAAAGAGGUCUGGAACUGCCCACAGUAUAUUUGUUUCCCAAACAGAUUCCUUCGUCUACUUCAACAAGAAUCUAGCCUUCGAACAUGUCUCUACAAGGGAAGGUUGCCAUCGUGACGGGAGCAUCUCGGGGUAUAGGUGCAGGAAUAGCUUUGGAGUUCGCCCACAGAGGCGCGAAGGUUCUAAUCACAUAUACCUCCGAGACAAGCAAUAGGCAGGUCGACAAAUUGAUAUCGGAUAUUGCAUCCAUCAAGAACGGGUCUGAGGCAGCCAAGGUUCGGGCAGACCUACGACAAUUAGACGCCCCGGACCAGAUAGUGUCAGCAUGCGUUGCUGCAUUCGGUCCCUCGAUCGAUAUCCUGGUCAACUGCGCUGGAACGGAAAUGGUGAAAGAGAUGGUAGACAUGACGCCCGAGGAUUUCGCUUCCGUCUUCGAUCUUAACGUGCGAGGACCCUAUUUCCUGUCGAAGGCUGUCAUCCCACGCCUGCGGAAACCGGGUCGAAUCAUCAACAUCUCGUCUGUCGGCGGCCGAUUGGGACUCGCCAAAUUCACAGCGUACUGUGCAUCAAAGGGGGCUAUCGAAGGGAUGACACGAGCCUUAGCUGGCGAAAUCGGUCCUGCCGGGCAUACGGUGAACGCGGUGGCACCCGGACCAGUUCAAUCUGACAUGAUGGAUAAUCUUCCCGCUGACUUGAUUGAGCGUCAAAAGCAGCAGACACCCGUGGAGAACCGCGUAGGAACCGUCGAUGAUAUCGCCUUGACGGUUGCGUGGGUGGCAGAGGAGCAAAGCAGAUGGAUAAGUGGUCAAACCAUUUCUGCUAGUGGAGGGUUGAACAUGUACUGAUCGUGGUUUUUAAUCAUGCGGGUAUCUGGCGGCUAUCUCUUGGGAAUAGACUAUUAUUAAAGCGUAUAAUAGCGGGCGUUCCGUGC